AAGCUGCUGGCACUUUAAAAUACAAAUCACAAUGAAGAGAGAGCACCUUUUUAUACACUAAAGCGAAACAUGCCAAUUGAUUUUAUCGGUUAAACCUUCUGUGACCCAGUUCUGCUUCCACAGAUGCUUUCUCAAUGCAAACUGGGUCUAGUCCCAUUGUUCACUAUCCUGCAUGGGCCAAACGACCUGAACACACCUCUGUCUCGCUCCCUCACACACGCAUUCCCAUUUGCAUACCCACCUCCCCCUCUCUCUCUCUCUCUCUCUCUCUGAUUUUAUUCCACCCGUGUUGUAAAUUUAUGCCAACUGUCUGUCAAAGUGAAUUCUUGCACGGAGGUCACCAUUGACAUGGAUUGUGUGAUUCCGGUUCGGGUUGUGUCUCUGCCAUUUUAUAAUGUUGUUUUUAGAUAUCUUGUUGCAAAGUAGGCGAUCCUCAAAUAAUAUAUUUCAGCAAAUGAAUGUGUGCGGCCUGCAGUUAGUGACCUAUAGUUUAUAUGUGGUCUACAAAUCACUAGGAGUCCCUAUUUUCGAUAGUUUGCUAUGUACUGUAUAUUGCUGGUCAACUUUGAUGAAACAAUGCAGGUAUUUUGGUUCUGUUUGGUACUGGUCAGUCAGCUGUCGGCUCCGAGAUGUGUAUAGUCACAUUUUAUGUUGAACUGGCUGACCUUCCUCUUCUCCCACCUCUGUACUCUAACAUCCAUUCUUUCUUUCUCUCCUUCUCUCUUUGUAACCAUAUUUCCUUUUCUCAUAAUCUGCUCAUAUUGACCUAGAUUAGUUCCUGUCUACAGUACAUCUACGUGGAGAGUUCCACCAACGUCUCCAUGACUCAUGCAAAUCAUACAGGAGCUUUCUCUGUCUGUCUGUCUGUCUGUCUGUCUGUCUGUCUGUCUGUCUGUCUGUCUGUCUGUCUGUCUGUCUGUGUGUGUAUGUGUGUGUGUCAUUCAAAUGAUCACUUACAUACAGUGAGCACUGUUCCCUCUAAAUUGCGCGCGUUCGCGGCCGCGCACCUCCUGCGGGAAUACCGCACAGAAGAAAUGCCAUGCAGCGCAGAGACAGACCCAAGCGAUUGAACUUCACUGAGUUCACCCUGUUAGUUUGCACUAUAUUAUAGAUCAACUUUUUUUCGGUGAUCGAAUCAACAUUACAUCAGACACUUUUCAAUGCACCAAACCAGAACAAAUCUAACUUUGCAAGAUUGAGUCUUUGAUUUUGUUGCAGGCAGAGCCAGAACGCAAUGGGGAAGAUUUAUACUGGUGGGUGUAGCCCCCGAGCGGUUUUUCAAUCACUGGCGAGUGAACGCGUUUUUCAGAUCAGACCGCAAAGCAGCAGUUAGCGAGUUAUCGACCCAUGCCUAGGUACAAAUAAUUCAGAAAUGGGGAGUUACUGCUUCCGACAAAAAGUUUUAGGCUACAUGUCAAGCCGUAUUUGAAAAGCCAGUCAGGUAAAAAGCUUACAGUAUGUCUUGUUUUUUGUUGCUUUAACACUAUACAGCUGAUUCAAAAAAGACAAACGCUUGAUGAUGAGUUGGUUAUUUGAAUCAGCUGUGCAGUGCUAGGGCAAACAACAUGUUCCCCAGGGAGUGUCUUCAACUGUUUAGGAUUGUGGUCAGUUAAAUGAACAGCAUAUGUAUAUCUCACUUCCCCUUUUCUCCCCAAGUUGAGGUUGUUUUGCUAUUCUUCUUCUCUGUGUUGCUAGAACCCUCUGUUUUAGGUACCAAUAUUAGACCAGACCGUCUCCAUGGAGAAUAGACAGGAAGACUUCAUGCAGAUGAAGGGAUUUCACUCGCAACUGAAUUGUAAAAGUGAAAUUACGGGACACAUAUAUAUAUAUUUUUUUAAAUACCAUUUGAGAAUGGCUCACUAUCGUAUUGCUUCAUGUCAACACAUACAGACAAGCCUUUGAUUUUGGGUUAUAUUUAACAAACUUGAACCUGUUUUGUUUCUGUAAUGGUAAGUCUGUGAACAAAAGCACUGACAACUCUAACUACAGAAGACCAACAGCAGUUAAGCAGUGUUUUUACCCAGCCACUAAGAGCCCUGUCCCUCACUAUAGCCACCACCUGUCUUGUCCCUCCGUACAGUAUAACCCUCCAUAUCUGCGGGAUGGUGUACUGUGUGGCGGUGUCCAUGUUAGGACAGCCUCAGUCUCAAAAGGACUUGGGUUCACUGUUGCUGAGUGUGUCAGACAGUCCGUAGACUGUACAUGCAAUGUAUUAGUGUGGCGACAGAUUUGUAAAGUAUUUGUGGACCAGUUGGCGAGAUUGGACAGAAUAGCCGAUACUGUAGAUGCCUAACAGACUGUUUGAGUCAUUGGUAUUUUGGGAUGUUGUUGUUUUUGGUCGUGAUGGCUGUUUCACUAGUGAGCAGGUUUCGUUCACUGAAGCUAUGACUCAUGACAGUUAUGAUGGCGGGUACUUGUGCUUGCUGUGCACUUGAAUGAUUCUAUCAGCAUGAACACAUUGUCAUAUAGAGAACAGUCAACCGAGCGCGUCUUCUAUAAAACAAUAGAUUUGUAAAGCUGGGGGGGGCAGAGCUGUCAAUUGCAUAACUUGAAUUAAGUGGUUUAUAGCGUGCGUGAUUAGAAUGCUGUGUGUAUAGCAUGCUCCACCAUUCAAGCUCUAUUGUCCUUUAACGGAGUGGAAUAACACAGUAUAAAGCAACUACACAUUGAGCAGAGUACCACACCUGAGGAUGUGUCAUACAACUAUCUCUGUCUUUGUGUCAGAUGGGCCUGGGAAUUGUGCUCACAGCAAUUGUGCUCACAGCUCACAGCAUGACAGUCACACACAACGUUGAUGGGAGGCACACUGUUCCAUGUGCGAGUGUUCCCGAUCCAGUCUGUCAUGCCUCCCCUCUCUCGACCCUAGGACCUCACAAACUCUUACAUAAUGUCCCACAUUCUGCACCGAGCACAGUAUGAUCCCCUAUCUCUCAAUCUGUCGUCUCUCUCUCGCCAGACUGACACCUGCCUUGCUGAAGAAGGCAAUAUACCAUUAAAUCCUAGGCAACAAGUUGAAGUACGGCCUGGUAGGAAACGAAAGCCCAUGACGGCUCUGAACUCCCAGAAAGAGAAGUCCUCGUCGAGGAAGAGGGUCCUGAUCACCGUGUUGAUGGUACUGGUAGUGCUGGGGAUCCUGGCCACGGCUGGCUACUUCAUCGCACAGCUGAUCAACAGUAAGUUCUUCUUCUGCUCCCGGUCAGUGAAGUUCAUUCCCCUGGAAAAAGCAUGUGAUGGGAUGGCAGACUGUUCAGGAGGAGAGGACGAGCUCACCUGUGUGGCCAGCAUGACGGUCAACACUACCUUCCCAGUGCGUCUGGUCUCUGAGCAGAGGGUUCUCCAGAUCUACAGUGCCGGGACAGGAUGGAGGAGUGUGUGUAGUGAGAACUGGACCCAGCAGCACACAGAGAAAGCCUGUCAGCAGCUGGGCUACACCUAUAAACCCAACAGUAGUAGUAUCUCAGUGGAGAACUUGUCCUCGUCCCUGAAGACAGGACCGUUCUCAGGGGUCAGGGUCGCAGCUGAAACCACCCCCAUUUACCAGACUGUCAUUGACCGCCAGGUGUGUAACUCAGAAUCCGUGAUCUCCCUGACCUGCUCCGACUGUGGAGAGCGGGGGCGAUCGGACCGUGUCGUGGGGGGUGUGGAUGCGUCUAUAGAAGACUGGCCGUGGCAGGUGAGCCUGCAGCAGAACGGACAACACACCUGUGGAGGGUCACUGGUGUCCUCACGCUGGGUCGUCACAGCAGCACACUGCUUCUCUGGUAGUAAGAAGGAGCUGAGUCGCUGGCAGGUGGUGUCUGGGAGGACCUACAUGGGCACCCUGGGAGGCUCAUAUGUAGACAGGAUCAUACUGAACGGAGACUACGAUGCAGCCAGCAAUGACUACGACCUGGCCAUGAUGAGGCUAACCAAACCCAUCACUGUAGGAGACUCUCGUCGGCCCGUGUGUUUGCCCCCUAAGAACCUGGGCCUGAAGGCAGGAGACUCUAUGACGGUGACGGGCUGGGGCUACCUCCAUGAGAAGGGUAAAGUGUCUCCUGUCCUCCAGAAGGCUAUCAUUCCCCUUAUAGACAGUGAUCAGUGCUCCAGUCCCACUGUCUACGGUGACUCAAUUACUCCCAGAAUGCUUUGCGCUGGUUACCUGGAGGGCAAAGUGGAUGCAUGUCAGGGAGACAGUGGGGGUCCUCUGGUGUACCUGUCAGAACAAUGGCAGCUGGUGGGGGUGGUGAGCUGGGGGAUCGGCUGUGCCAGAGAGCGUCAACCAGGGGUCUACUGCAACGUGGACGAUAUGCUCAACUGGAUCCACACUGUCAUGGAGGAAAACCCUUGAAGCCUCAACACAUGACCAAAAGCCAAUGCUCUAUUGCGUUGGGUUAUCCGAAUGGAUUUCAGCGGGUCUACAUGGAGCUCUGCUAUGGGAAUAGAAGAGGAAUCUUCUUCGAAGUGCAAUUUAAAACACCUACAACAAUACAUAACUCAAACGCACACACACACACACAUGCCCGCACACUCAGAUAGACACGGACGCGAACACACUCAACACUCCUUCUUUACUAUAACAGGUUAUUUACGGUGUGACUUGUGCCAUUUUCGGUGUCUCAGGGACCACUGACGUGGUAGUGUAACACUGUCGCUGGAGACGACAGUCGGUCUAGGGCUGCGUCCGAAAUGGCACCCUUUUGCCUUUAUAGUGCACUACUCUUGAUCAGAACACUACGGUUCAAAGUAGUGCACUAUCAAGGGAAUAGGCUGGGCGUUUGGGACGAAGCCUGGGUUUUCCACAUGGCUAAGUACUUUGAGACAGGACUCUCACCAAGUGCCUCUGCUGUCUUUUUGUCAAUGAGGUUGCGAGAAGACCGCCAUAACCUACUGUACUUGACCACGUUUUAUAAAUGUAAAGUCGUAAUGUGACCACAUGUUUAUGUGAGUAUUGAAAUGCAUUGCACAAUGUUCAACAUGUUCACCCAACUUUCCAUGGGUGAAAUGUCUUAAUGAAAAUAUAUGUUGAUGAAGUAUAUGUGCCAUGCAGUUGAAAAUCUCAUUUUACCUCAUGUUAAGUGAUCCUCAAGUACGGUGAUGUGACCCUUUCUUCAUAUUAUAUGUCAUUGGAGGGGGCAUUAGCCCCCUCGACUUACCGUACUGUACAUCCCGUCAUGGAUUCACUUUUACACUUUCAGGUGGUCAGAACUAUUCACUGUGUGCCGACAGAUUUCCAGUGGGCAAUCGGAAUAAUCUUUACUUGCACAAGGUUCUAAUUAAUAGCGUGUCUUUUAUUUAAAUUGUGAACCUUUUAGUGUUUCUUUAAAUAUUGUUUACUACGUAGAAAUGGUUGUCUGUGUAAGAUAGAAAUGUGUCUGUAUUUGUUGGUAUGUUUGAUAAAGGGAUGCCUGUUUUCAAUAAAUGAUCAGAUUGGGAUGAACUUUGA